AUGCUUCUCCCAGACGUUGCUGAAAGCGACGAUACUGUAUUUACUAACAAAGUAGCGCUAGUAGAUCUUCCAGAACUGCUGAUUAAACCGUGUGUAGAAAAAUUACUCUCGGUAGUAGAUGUUGGACCUAAUGAACCGUUGGUGGUAGCAGCGGUAUGGAUUGUGCCUGAUGUAGCCAGUUUAGAGUUUAUUAAUGUUGAUACUACCGAGGUUGCUCCACUGACUGAUGUAGACAGUUUAGAGUUUGCUGAUGUUGAUAAUAUCGAAGUUGGACUACUGACUGAUGUAGCCAGCUUAGAGUUUAUUGAUGUUGAUACUACCGAGGUUGCACUACUAACUGAUGUAGCCAGUGUAGAAUUCACUGAUGUUGAUAAUAUCGAAGUUGGACUACUGACUGAUGUAGCCAGUUUAGAGUUUACUGAUGUUGAUACUACCGAGGUUGGACUACUAACUGAUGUAGCCAGUUUAGAGUUUACUGAUGCUGAUACUACCGAGGUUGCACCACUGACUGAUGUAGCCAGUUUAGAGUUUACUGAUGUUGAUACUACCGAGGUUGCACUACUAACUGAUGUAGCCAGUGUAGAGUUUACUGAUGUUGAUAAUAUCGAAGUUGGACUACUGACUGAUGUAGCCAGUAUAGAGUUUAUUGAUGCUGAUACUACCGAGGUUGCACCACUGACUGAUGUUGCAGGCAUAUCUGUAAAAAAUAAGAUUAGAAAAUGUUUAUUACUUAGAACGUCCAUAGUUCGAUGUGUCACGACAUUAACAGCAUAUACUAAUAACACAGCUCAAUCUUAG